CAUACUAUUCCCCCAUUUACAUAGCUUCAAACCACAAUCUAAUCGAAAAAAAAUGAAAGUUAUGAAAUACCCAAUUAAACUACUACUCUUGUUCUUCCAAUUUACAUUUCUAGCAAUACAUAGCCAAGCGAAUGAUCAAAAUUCCACCACCGAUGAUCCUUACAAAAUGCUCCAUAUUAUCCCAAACCCGGAUGGAUCCAUAACCCGAAUGAAACGAUACUACCCGACCGUACCACCAAAUGGUUCGACUUCCCUUGCUUUCUCUAAAGAUGUCCCUCUCAACACCGGUAAAAAUACUUGGGUCCGACUUUACUUACCCAUUAAUAUAUCUCAACCCGUAUCUCGACCCGUGACGAAGAACCUCCCAAUUGUAGUUUUCUCACACGGUGGCGGGUUCAUUAUCAUGAGCACAGCCUCCCCUACCUUCGACUCAUUCUUAUCCAACACGGCGAGUAAACUCCACGCGUUAGUCGUCUCGAUUGAGUACCGCCUUGCACCGGAGCACCGCCUUCCAGCCGCAUACGACGACGUUUUGGAGGGUUUACAUUGGGUAAAGGAGAAAAAAGAUGAUUGGGUCAAGAAUUAUGCGAAUGUUUCCAAUUGCAUUGUAAUGGGGGAAAGUGCGGGGGGUAACAUUGCCUACCAUGUAGGGUUACGUGCUUCUGUAUUAGUUCACGAAUUAAACCCGUUGGUUAUUAAGGGUUUGGUUUUAAUCCAACCGUUUUUUGGCGGGUUAAAUCGUACUAGAUCCGAGUUAAGGAAACCCGCAUCGUUUGGUUUACCCGUGGUGAUUACGGAUCUAAUGUGGAACUUAUCUUUACCAAUUGGAGCUAAUAGGAACCACCCGUAUUGUGACCCAAUUAUUGAGGGCGGGUCUAAUAAAAUGUUGGAUAAAAUUAAAGAGUUGGGUUGGCGUGUUGCCAUAGCGGGUUAUGAUAGAGACCGGCUUUUUGACAAGCAAUUGGAGGUGUUUGAGUUUUUGAAACAACGAGGAGUGGAUGUGGUUGGUAAUUUUAGUAAAGGAGGUUACCAUGGUGUUUUUGUUAAAGAAGCGAAUAUAUCUGAAAAAUUAUUUGAAUUUAUGCGACGUGUAUUUUCUUCAAACCUUGCUUAAUACUGCCUCCGUUUCAAAAAAAUAUUUACACUUAUUAUUUGUACAGAUUUCGGUGCAAUGUUUGAUCGUUAAUAUAUAUUUAAUUUCGUAUGGCAAAAAAUUAUAAAAGGUAGAUAUUUAUAAAAUACAUUUCGAUAUGAAUCUAACAAGAUAUCUCAUGAUAAUUUUUUAUAGAUAUAAUAGUGAGAAUU